UUCAAGUUGUCAUGGAAGCUCAAUCCCCAUCAUCACAACCACCGCAUCCAAAAAAAAAUAAUAAAAAAUGAGUCUUUCCAAAUCAAUCUUCGCCAAAAACUACCACGUCUUAAACAAACACACGCCCAGGUCCACUUGUCUCCCUCUUAAAACCCCGUUCUGUAAUUCGGUUCAGUGGUCCAGACAGUCAGACACAAUCAAGUUCUUACAAGGUUUUUUAACACACAAUGUUAAAAAAUUCAGUGAAACUCCCUAGCGAGACAACGUCGUAUGUGCCCACUCCGAAUUUGGCUUCUGUCUCUGUCCCUCCUAUGUACGCUGCGUUUUCGACUCCACAAGGGAGGUUCUUGUCUGAUUUGUUUUUGUACAGAAAGCCCCGAGGUGAAGAGAAGCUUGAUGGGUCCGGGCCAGGUCCUUGUGGGGAUUUGGAGUUGUUUGCUGAUGUGGAUAGCUCUGUUCUUGAUGAGCUAUUGCAGACUUUUAAAAAAUACCGGUUAAGGUCUAAUGUUGAAAUUGAUAAUGUGGCAGAAGACUUCUUUUGCUGGCAGCGGUUUGGUGGAAACCUUUCUGGAAAAUCAAAAGCUGAAGAAGAACCAGAGGCAGCUAGUGUUGGCUGGGGCUCUGGGGUUGAUCGUUCUGCAAUGUCAUCUUUACAUGGGAAUGAUGUUGGAUGGCAAUGGUUUAGGGAUCCUGGACGAGAUUGUCUUGGUUUCAGGGGGAUCUUUCCAUCCAAUGAAAUUCGUGGGUUUUCUUAGCCUUCAUUGGUUGCUUGAUGUUAAUAUACAACAGCACAUACGCUAUGAGGCUGAAGAGCUCAUUAUGCAUCAAACUUUCUGACUGAUUAAAUCAAUAGUUAUUUUUUUAGUUUUAA